UUUAGGUACAGAGAUUAAUGGUGGAUUUGGUGGCCAAAACACCUAAAUACCAACAAAAGCACUUCAGAACAACUGUAUUAAAGGAACUCUCCAAAGCAGUACAUCAAAGCCUAAGUACCAAAAACUUUGAAACAGUCCCAUAGAGAAUUAUGCUGCCAAAGAUCAUAUUUUGCACUGCAGUUUCUUUAGCUACACUCGCAGUCAUACUCCUGGCCUUGUUCUCACCAGUACCUCACAAACAUCCCACAAAGAGUAGCACAAGACCUUGGCUCGCAUUGUCCUUAUACAUUCAACAACCCCAAGUUGCUAGCUCUACUAUGCACCCGGUGGCCCCAAAAGAUGCCGGAGCCUUGAUCUUCCAUCGGACACUAACAGAGGGACCUGAGAUCACUUCUCCGGUGGUCGGAAAAGCUCAGGGGUUCAUCAUUCCAAUCGAACAGUUUGCGCAUUCAGCAUUUAAUAUCAUUUAUCUCACCUUCGAUACGCAUGAAUAUUCAGGUAGCCUUUCUGUCCAAGCCAAGAAUGUAGCCCAGAAGGACAAAGAAGAACUCACUGUUGUUGGUGGAACAGGUUCUUUCGCUUUUGCUCGUGGGGUUGCUGUUUUUGCUCAAACAAACAGGCAUACGUCUAAUUUCGAUGCAAUUUAUCACAUUAAGCUGCAUCUAAAAUUCCCAAAUCGUUCUCAAACAAUACCUGGAUAAGAUGCAACUUAUUAUUUGAUUUUUUUUUUUUUU